AUGGGUGGUGGUGGUGCUAGAGAUACAUUGAGCGAUUCUGAUUCUGUUUCUGAGUUUGAUUUUGAUUCAGAAUGGGCAAGCCUUCCUCUAUGUUUUUUUGUCCUUGAUAAGUUGUUGGAACCCAUUGAUCAUGCUCGAUUUGCUGCCGUCUGCAAAGAACGGUUCGUCUUGCAAAAGUCUAAAAUCGUUCGAUGA